GCCAGUCCAGUCACUUGCGGAACCGCGCGCCAUGGCUCGGGCGCGCUUCCGCGGCUUCCCGCGGAACUUCUCGCGGCGGCGGGCGCCUCUGGCUGCGGCGGUGCCGCUGUGGGUGAAUGACCCGGGCCAUGAGGCGCUGACCUGGGAGAUCUGGAUGCCGGGCCGGGAGCUCUUGCGGCGACCCGUGGCUGGAGGCCAGCUGCAGGUCACUGCGCACCACGCCUCCUCGAAGCAGGGGCCUCAGGAAUGGCGCGUGCUGCGCUUCAUUCCGGAGAAGACCAGCUCCAAUCUGAUCCAGGCCAUUAACAAAGUGCGCCUGGCGGACGCAACACAUGGCCAGCCGGACUCGCACAUGAGGAAUUGCUUGCUGAUGCCCUACACCAAGUCCAUGGUCAGUGCCGUGCUCGCCGCUUUGGCCAUGGGUCCCGACAAAGACCAGCCCCGAAUUCUUUGUGUGGGCUUGGGCGGCGGAUCUAUGCCCGCCUUCUUGGCAGAGAUGCUGCCCAACUGCCACGUGGAUGUGGUGGAGCUGGAGCCUGCGGUGCUGGAGGCUGCGGUGGCCAUGGGCUUUGAGCCCAGCGACCGGGUGGAAGUCUUCCUGGAGGAGGGCGCCGGCUUCGCGCGGCGGAGGGCGGAAAGAAGCGAGGGCUAUGACGCGGUGCUCAUUGACGCCUACGAUGUGGAGGGCAACGUGCCGGAUGCGUUUCGAACUGGCGACCCUGGCAUCGUCGAGGCGCUGAGUGCUGGGCUCUUGAAGCUUCACGGGGUGCUGGCCAUCAACUUCCUCCCCGGCACCGCGCUCCGCCCGCUGCUCGCCGCCCACCGGGAGGCCCUGAGCCGGCACGGAACCUGCGUGUCCUUCGCCAUCCAAGCAGAGGGCUCCGGCAACCUCAUCGCUUUGCAGAUUUUGGGGCUGCCGAUGCGCAGCUCCUCCAAAGCCGAGCUGCAGCUGCGCCUCUGGCUGGCGGCGCAAACUGCCCAAGCCGCAGGCGACUGCCCCUUUAGCCUCUCGCGCCUGGCAACCCGUGGCCUUUGUGAGGUCCGCGUGCAGCGGAAGAAAAAUGACAAUGACUUGUCUCACUCCCAGAGAUCUCUUUCGCACUUCAUAGCGGCGGCGAUGCUCCGGGAGAUCACUCUCGUUGGUUUGACGACCGCCUUCGCGACGCCGGAGCCGGAGGCGGAGAUCUUGGUGCCCCUCUUGGCAAUCCCCAUCCCCGUCUCGGGCGACGAGCAGUACCGCACCGGGCCCCCGAAUGUUUUUUUCCGCCGGAUUCGCGGGAAUGCGUUGCGGAUGCGUUGCGGUUGGGUGGUCCUGCGAAUUUGA